UCUGCAUCGUGGGCCAGAUGUUAGGCCCACCAGGUUUGCCCCACCCUUAAACCCCACCAAGGCCCAAAACAACCCUUCCGUCACGCGCCGCCGCCGCCGCCGCCGCCUCUCUCCUCCGUCGAGCGCCGCCGACGGCCGACCCACUCUGUCCGAAGGCCUCACCGUCCGCAGGUCCGGCUGCGGCUGGAAGUGGGGGUGGCUCUCCGGUGACAUCAAACAGUUGCGGCGCCUCACUCCAUUUCGAGGGUUCUGCUUUUGCAGAGUCCGAGAUUUUCGUUCCAGAUCCACGUGAGUUUUCUUCGGUCAUGGAGGCGUCGGAUUAGUCCACUCCGGGCACGGGAUUGACGCCUCCUCUUCACAAAAGUCGGAAGCUCCCUUCAAAUUGGGCAUCUCGUACUCAGGUGGUGACUAGGAAACAAACUUUUCACCAUCGGAGACAUUUCCCUGUCUUAUUGCAAUGGAAGCCAAGUUUUUCCGGUUUCUGAAGCUUGUCGGGGUCGGCUUCAAAGCAAGGACAGAGCGUGAAGGCCGUGAGUUGUUUCUGAAACUUGGUUACAGCCACGAGGUGCAGUUCACUGCUCCACCUGCCGUUCGUGUCUUCUGCUUUAAACCCAACUUAAUAUGCUGUACUGGUAUAGACAAGAAUAGGGUACACCACUUUGCUGGCGCUGUUCGAAACAGUAAAACUCCAGAAGUAUACAAGGGGAAAGGCAUAUUGUACAUUGAUGAAGUUAUAAAGCUAAAGCCAGGGAAGAAGCAAAAGAAGUAAUUAAAUUUGAUUUUUAGCCUGCUAAGAUGCUCUGUAGCACAUUUUUAGUGGCGCUUAUGUUCUUACUGUUUCAUUGUGUUGGAUCAUCUUUGUCCCGGUACCAUACUUAAAGGCUUAAUAAUUCGCUGUAUGCAAUGUAUGUGAAUCAUAUGAUGAAACUGCAUCCAAACCAUUGGGAUAAUCCACCAUUUCCGAUCAUAAUAACUUUCAAUUGUUUUUUUGUU